CCAUACCAUAGAUCCUAAUAAUAAUUUAUAACAAUAUUUUCAUUAUCUUAUACAAUCAGAUUUGAUAAAGUUUGAAUCUUUGGUUUAUCAAAACUGAACUGAGCAACAUUUGAAAGUCAAUUUCCUCCAUUACCAGGUCUUAUUUUCAGAGCUUGAAGAAGCAAAAAAAAAAAAUGGAGGGAUCUCAUGAUCAUCCGUACAUACCCAGAGAUUUGAAAAUCGAAGGUUAUGUUCCAUUGGUUCUUCCUAUGUCCACCAUUGUUGGAAUCUAUGCUGCAGCUUCAAUUAUUGUUGUUUCCAUAGUUUGGAUCUUCUCUGGUAAAGCAAAAAAGAUCACAACUUUAGAAAGAUGGUUAAUGUGUUGGUGGGCAUUCACUGGACUUACCCACAUGAUACUUGAGGGCUAUUUUGUCUUUUCACCAGAAUUUUACAAGGAUAAGACUGCUUGUUACUUAGCUGAAGUUUGGAAAGAGUAUAGUAAAGGGGAUUCAAGAUAUGUAGCUAGAGCUUCUGAUAUAGUUGCUGUUGAAGGACUAACUGCAGUGCUUGAAGGUCCAGCUUGUCUUCUAGCUAUAUAUGCAAUAGCUACAAGAAAGUCAUAUAGUUACAUUCUUCAAUUUGCCAUUUCAUUGGGUCAACUCUAUGGAACAUUUGUAUACUUCAUAACUGCAUUUUUGGAUGGUGACAACUUUGCCGCAAGUCCAUUUUACUACUAUGCAUACUAUGUUGGUGCCAACUUCUCAUGGCUAGUCAUCCCAACUCUCAUUUCGAUCCGAUGUUGGAAGAAGAUAUGUUCAGCUGUGGGGGUGGCUCAGGCUCAACCUCAGUCAUCCCAGAAAAAGACCAAGACUCGUUAAAGAUGGUAACUUUAGUCUUUUUUUCUUGUUAUAAUAAGUUAUGAUUCAUUUUGUGAGGCUUUGUUUUUUUGGGAUGAUUUAAUAAUAAUAAUAUUCAAUGAAGUCAACACAAGGUGAUUAUCACUUCAUUCUUAUGACUUUGUUCAUGUAAUAAAUUUUGAUUAAUUUCUUGAGACUUUUUGGGAUAAUUUAGUGAAAUGCAAUCAAAGUCAACACAUGGUGAUUACUUCA